AUGGCCCAAAACAGCAAGAUGAUGAUAUUCCGCCUGUUUCUGGCAGCUCUCAGCAGUCCUGUGUUCGCUGAAGAAUGGAAGGCGAAUGUUGUAAAAAGUCUCGACGCUCUGGUCAGUUCCUGCAUUGUGGUGCCGUGUUCAUUCACCCAUCCUAAAGGAAACCUGCCCACCUCCAGACUCAGAGGGAUCUGGCAUCGUUCAAAUGAUCGAAAUGAACGCAUCUAUUACGAGGAUCAAACGCAGGUUUUGGAAAACUUCAGGGGCCGCACACGGUUGUUGGGACAUCUGGGUCAGAGCAACUGCACCUUAGAAAUGAUGGACGUUAAAGAUCAUGACAAUGGCCCUUUCUGCUUCCGGAUAGAACAGGCACUGACAGAGACAAAAACCGACGACAAGUUCUCCUUUGUGGAGGAUUGUGUCAAGUUCAGAAUGCUCCCUGAUCCUCCAAAACCUACACUGACUCACCCAAAGACAGCCAUUGAAGGACAUCCCUACACUGUCACCUGCUCGGUCACCCAUACCUGCCCCUCCCAUGUGCCUAAACUCACAUGGAAUAGAGGCACUGCCAAUGACGCAACUGAGGUCCACAAAGAAACUCACCCUGGCAACUGGGAGGCACAGUCCAUCCUGACCAUCAUUCCCAAGGAGAAGGACGACCACACUGAGAUCAAAUGCACAGCACAAUUUAAUGGAGGGAAGACGUCCUUUACAACACUGACACUCUAUGUGAAACGUACAGAAAACUACAACCACAUCAUCAUUCCCACAGUGGCGGCGAUUGGCACAGCUGUGAUCUUUGCAGUCUUCUGCAUUCUCAUGGCGAAGAAAUACAAGUGA